AGGCUCAGGCAGCUCUACUGCUCACUUCAGUUCUCAGUUGAAAUAUGAACUCUGUCCUGUCUGUCUACCUGCUGGCGAGUCUGUCACUUUACUGCCUACUGCUUACAGUGGGUAAAGGUGAGGGGCAGUUUGUUCCAGGGAGGUGUGAGUGUUAUGACACAAAGACAACUGUCAGCGGACCCCUGUCUGACCUCAAAGUCACACUCAAAGGCCUCACCUGCAACACAGACCAAAUCAUAGUGGUCAUGGAGAGGACCAGUGAGCCUGUGUGUGUGAAUCCAACGGGACCACUGGGAAAACAACUGCUGCGCUGCUGGAAGAAAACCAGCGGAUUGGAUAAGAAGAGUUGUCUGAGAAGGAGGAGAGGGCAGGGGAAACGAGGACAGAAACAGAGGAAACACAGGGGACAAUCUAAAGAGAGCAAAAGAAGGGAAACACCAAUCCCUGCCAUAGGGUGACCACAGAGCCAAUACCUGUCCGUUCUAACCAGUACUGUAGUGUUCUAGCUAGUUUACACUAACCCUAGACCAGACCAAUACACCAGAGGCACUACAGACACCAGAGGCACUGGUACCAGAGGCACUACCAACUACAGACACCAGAUGACAAACUACAGACACCAGA